CUCUUCCCCAUCUUUUCCAAGCCAAGCCCCCUCCCCAAAUCCUCUUUGCCCCCACGCCCAGACCCCUUCCAGGCUGUGGGGCUCACCCUCAGGCUUGGCAGAGCUCCCCAUCCUUCCUCCCUGCCAGGCUCUGGGUACCAGGAACUGGUACGGACUGCAGGUUCCAGCCGUUUUGGGGAGGGGGACCACCCUGGGGGGUGCAACCAGGAGGACUUUGGCCAUCGCCCACUCUCUGCCUUCCCAACCAGGCUCAGCUCUGGCUCUGCCCACCCUGGGGGGUGGCAGGAAGGGAAACGCCUUUCCCUCGCUCAGAGGAAAAUGAAAGUGGCCGACGUCUCACAAGCUCACACCGGGGCCCCAUGGCUGCGCCGAACCCCACCGCAGAGCUCCCCAGCGAAGCCUCCUGCCCCAUCUGCCUCGAGUAUUUCCGAGACCCUGUAUCCAUCCACUGCGGUCACAACUUCUGCCGGGCGUGCAUCACCCGCUGCUGGGAGUGGUCCACGGUGGAUUUCUCCUGCCCGCAGUGCCGGGAGACGGCACCAGAGAGAAACCUUCGGCCCAGCCGAGAGCUGGCGCGGGUGCUGGAAAUCGCCAAGCGGUUGAGCUUGCAGGCGGCCAGAGGGGAGGUGGUUGAGGAGGAAGGAUGCGAGAGGCACCAGGAGCCUCUGAAGAUCUUCUGCAAGGAUGAUGAAGCCUUCAUCUGCAUGAUCUGCCGGGAGUCCCGAGCGCACCGGUCUCACACCAUGCUCCCCGUGCUGGAUGCUGUCCAGGAAUACAAGGGACAAAUCCAGGCUCAUCUGGAAGCCGUGAAGGAAGACCGAGACAAACUCCUGGGACUUCGAGAGGUUGAAAUAAGGAGAAGCUGGGAGUAUUUGGAGAAGACUGGAGCGGAGCGGCAGAGGAUUUUCUCCAAGUUUGAAGGGUUUCGCCUCUUCCUGGAGGACCAUGCCCGUCACCUGCUGGCUCAGCUGGGUGACCUGGAGAGAGACGUUGAGAAAAUCCAGGAAGAAAACAUCACGAGUCUGACGAAGGAGAUCUCGCAUCUGGAUACCUUGAUCCAGGAGAUGGAGGAGAAGUGCCAGCAACCAGCAAGCAAGUUUCUGCAGGACAUCAAAGGCACCUUGAGCAGGUUUGAGAAGGAGAACUUCCAGCAGCCCCCGCUGCUGCUGCCAGAGCUGGAGAAGAAAAUUAGUCACUUCAGGGAGAAGAAUAUUGCUCUUGAGGAGAUUCUGAGGAGCUUCCAAGACAUCCUGAUGUUUGAGCUGCCUGAAAAGAUGACAGUGACCCUGGAUCCAUCCACGGCUCACCCCCAGCUCGUCGUGUCAGCGGACGGGAGGAGCGUGAGGUGGGAAGAUGCCCAGCAGGACCCAUCUGCUGAUGGGUUUGGCACCGAUCCCUGCGUGCUGGGCUGUGAGGGCAUCACCUCGGGGAGAUGCUGCUGGGAAGUGGAGGUGACACCCAAAGGCUCCUGGGCCGUGGGGGUGGCCAGGGAGUCCCUGAGGAGAAGGGAGGAGACCACCACGAGCCCGGAGAUGGAGCUCUGGUCUAUGGGUCUCUGCGAGGGUCAGUUUUGGGCUCUCACUUCCCUUGAGCGUGUCCCGCUGUACCAGAUCCAGGUCCCCAGAAGGGUCCGGAUCUCCCUGGACUAUGAAAAGGGACAGGUGGCAUUUUUUGAUGCCGAUAAGAGGGCUCUGAUAUUCGCUUUCCCAGCGGCUUCGUUUAAAGGGGAGAGUAUUCAUCCCUGGUUCCUGGUAUGGAGCGAGGGCUCCCAGAUCACGCUGUGUCCCUGAAGCGCUCCCUUCUUACCCAGAUGCCAGUUCUAUGUCCCCAACAUCCCUAUGGCCAGGACCUGGGAGGCCUUCUGUCUACUGAAGUCCUAGCUGGCCUUGCUGGUCUCUCUUUCCAUCAUUGGUGAUGCCAAAGGGUUGAGCCUUUCUGUGGGUUGGUGUCCCAACGGGUCACCCUCAAACCGGGCCAUCAUGAAGAAACAGCACCGCGUCUGCCCCACCGCAUCCCACACCAGCUCUGCUCUUUCUCCGGUCUGAUGGGUUUUAGAUGAAGUAAAAAGGUUCACAUGCUCCUAAGGUUCUUCUCUGCCUGGUUCCUUGAGUGUCGGGUUCAAGGCGGGGAGCUGGAGUUUUGGCUGACUAAAUCCCAUUCCUGGGAUUUGCACCAUGCCAGGGCGAGUUGGCCGUGCCUGCACCCAGAAAGGUCGCCAAGCCCCAUGUGGGUGACCUAGGGGCGUCCCUGGAAGCCCUGUGCCCCGCUGCUCUCCUGUCUUCUGGCAGCCCCAACCCCAGGGAAAGACACAGAGGAGGAAAAUCACAUCUUUGUUGUUAUUAUUAUGAAGGAUCUACACCAUGGAAGUUUCAAAUAUCAAUUUUUGGAGGAGAGAGAGAACAGCUGAGGCUCGGGAACUCUGCCACAUGUGGGCUUUCCACCAGCAAAGGCACCACCAUGGUAGGACUCCACCUUGCAGCACUGAAGGCUGGGAUAAACCUUACCCGCUAGCAGCUGCAGACGUUUGCGCUGUGAAUUUCUGACCUGGCCACCCCAGAAUCCUUUGGAAGGGAGAAACUGCCUGGUUCAG